AUGAGAUAUUUCUCUAUAUAUUUCAAAAACAAAAGUUUUCAAAGCAGUAAUACAUAUAGGAAGAAUCAAGAAUAUCAAAAUAAUAUAAGAAGAAUAGAUGAAAAUAAGAACAGAAAUUAUAUUCAAAAAAAAAAUCAAAAGAGUAAACAAGUAGAUUUAGGUAAAGAAGAAGAAAAAAGUAAUAGCUCUGAAGAAAAAAGUGAAUAUAAGAAAAAAAAAGAUAUGAAAAUAUAA